AUGCGUUACUUCUUUCCUCUAGCCAUUCCUGCUAUAAUAGCAGCUCAAGCCGUAGCUCUUGAAACCAAACAACUAUUCAAUUUCUCCACCGCAGUUGCUAUCGAGAAUAGCGCCCUCCGGCCAGAUGGCAGCCUUCUUCUCACCACUUUCGACCAAGGUCGUCUCUACACUCUCAAUCCAUCCCUACCCAAUCCCCAAGCGGAGCUAGUCACGGCACUCCCCGGAGCCACUGCUCUCUGCGGCAUUGCAGCGAUCGACACCGACAAGUUUGCCGUCAUAGGUGGCAUUCGGGGCAACUACAGCUACACCAAUGAGACGAUAUACACCGUGGAUUUUAGCGUCAACCCCAUCAAUCCGACCAUACAAGUAGUUUCUCAGCUCCCCAAUGCCAUUAUGUUGAACGGCAUGGCCGCCUUACCAGCACAUCCGCAUGUGGUCCUGGCCGGAGACGCACGACUCGGGGCUGUAUUCCGCGUCAACACAGACACAGGCGCCGCAGAAAUUGCCUUCACAGACCCCUUGCUUACUGUACCUUCAAAUGCAUCCACCCCGAUUGGGGUGAACGGGCUGAAGAUUGCGGGCGGUUAUAUGUACUUUACAAAUACCGCAAGGGAGAUCUUUGCGCGGGUACCCAUUGAUGGCUUUGGAGAGAAGAACGGUGAUAUCGAAGUGAUUGCAACCCUGAAUGAUGCAGAUUUGUAUAAUUGGGACGACUUCGUGGUUCUAGAAGAUCUUGGUGUCGCCUUCCUGGCCCAGCCGGAUACUGCCAUAGCACAAGUUGCACUGGAAGGAGAGCAAAAUAUCAUUAUGGGAGGAGGGGACGAUCGUACGACGGUGGUAGGACCGACAUCGCUGGCAAUCACACAGGAUGGCAAGACCCUCUAUGUCACAACUCGAGGGGGCACGGUGAAUGGAUCUGUGUAUGCAUCCCUGGCCAUCCUGGCUAUUUCGAGCAUUCUAGAGGGACAGGAUAACCAGGGCGACCGCGACUCGUUCGAAGAAGCUUCACGGCUUUUGGCUGAGCUAAAAGACGCCGGGAAUUGUGUCGCCCCGGAAUAUUGCCACCACGUUGAGGUCAUUGAUGCUGUCAGAGAACUCUGGUGUACCCGGAAAUGGGGCACCGCCAACAUCCCAGCUGGCCCUGACUAUGCCGCGCGGGGGCCUCCUAUGGACCGAUUCAUCGCUUCAACAGCUCCAUUCCCAGCCGGCUCUUGA